AUCAGCAGCUGAACUCGGGAACGAUAAUAAAAAAUACAUACACAGCCUUGGUCAUCGUUUCUUUUGCUUCGAGCUGCUUUAAUUGCUGGAGCACUUCUAUUGCGCUCAGGAUUCAAGUUGGUCUUUGAAGAAGAAAAUUCAAAAGCUCGGAAAGAUGUUGUGCUUGAAAGAUUUCGAAGAAUACGCCAAAAAUACUAUGGACCGAAAGACGUACGCUUUCUACAGCCAGGGGGCUGAGAGAGAGGUCACACUAAGGGAAAACCUUAGAGCCUUCACGAGAUACACAUUUGUCCCAAGGUGGCUUCGUAGCAAGGAAGAGAGAGAUCUAUCGACAACUGUUCUUGGUGAGAAGCUGUCUAUGCCUAUCGGCAUAGCUCCUAUGGCAUAUCAAAGACUUGCACAUCCGGAAGGGGAAGUGGCAGCUGCAAGAGCGGCGGCAGAUGCUGGAGUUAUUUAUACCCUUAGCACUGUUGCCAGCUCUUCGAUCCAAGAAGUAGCGGCAAGUCGGCCCAACACAUCUCCUCUUUGGAUGCAGUUAUAUGUAUUCAAAAAUCGCAUGGGGGCCUUGAAAAUCAUCCGACGCGCUGAAGAAAAUGGCUUCAAAGCAAUCGUCCUAACUGUAGACACUCCAGUGACAGGAUUGCAACUGAAGUUGUGGAGGAAUGGAUUACAGCUGCCCCCACACAUAAGAGCUCCGAAUCUUGAAGAGGCACUAAAAGAGAAUCCAAUAGUAGAUAAAGAAGCACGAAGGCACACUUCCAACACAGACAUGCUUAAUGGCGCUUUAAGUUGGGAAGAUGUUGCGUGGGUGAAGAGUGUGACCAAACUGCCCGUGAUCCUAAAAGGAAUCUUAUCAGUGGAAGAUGCUUUAGAAGCAGUUAAGUACGGAGCUUCAGCAGUUUGGGUGUCAAAUCACGGAGGAAGACAACUGGAUUGCUCGCCAAACACCCUGGAUGUUUUACCUGAUAUCGCUUCUGCUUUGGCUGGCACUGGCUGUGAGAUCUACGUGGACGGGGGAGUAAGGUGGGGAAGUGACGUACUUAAAGCUCUGGCCUUAGGUGCUAGAUGUGUGUUUGUUGGUAGACCUAUUCUUUAUGGUCUCAACCAUUCUGGACAAGAUGGUGUACGAUCCCUUCUGGAGAUACUAAGAUCUGAACUUGACAGGGCAAUGCAUCUAGCAGGUUGCAACAGCAUUGGUGAAAUAGGACCUCAUCUGCUUCAGAAAAGGCAACUAGCUAAGAUUUAAAUUUAAAUGACGCAGUUAUAUUCAAACAAUAUUUCGUUAUACCAGAAUAUAUGAAAGAAGAAAGAAUAUUUUUCCAAUUUGUCUAGCAAACUUGGUUACAAACAUCAUUAAAAUAUUGCAAAAUUUCUUUUUUCUAGAAAAGAUUUAUUUUUAAAAAAAAUUAUUUCAGAUAUACUUGAAUAAAGCCUGAAUUCA